CAUAUCACCGUUGUCUGUGAUUCCCACCCCCGAUUGCCAGAAGCCUCCCAGCUUAGACUGCUAGUUACGCUAGCUAAACUGCCGCAUGCUGUAAACCUGGUUCCAGCAGUAAAUCCGAUUUAUCGCGCUGCUCAUUCCAAGACACGGUUAUAUUUCUUUAUUCCUUUGACCGCAACGCCCGACCUUCUGUGCUACCCGAAUACCUAUACGAAGCUUUGCAUUUGGGCAAAUCGCAAAUAUGGUAGACACUGACACGAACUCUCCGACAUGGAAGUUCACUCAGUGCUUUGGCGACAAAGGUGACGUGGAGGACAUUACAGAGGCCGAUAUAAUCUCCACGGUUGAGUUCGAUCAUACUGGGAACUACCUCGCGACAGGAGACAAAGGAGGUCGCGUCGUGCUUUUCGAGAGAAAUGAAACGAAGAAAACGUGCGAGUACAAGUUCCACACCGAGUUCCAGUCGCAUGAGCCAGAGUUCGACUACCUCAAGUCGUUGGAGAUCGAAGAGAAGAUCAACAAGAUCAAGUGGUGUCGGAGACAGAACGCAUCUCAUUAUCUCCUGUCGACCAACGACAAAACGAUUAAGCUUUGGAAAGUGUUCGAGAAGUCCCUCAAGGUGGUUGCUGAGAAUAACCUGUCCAAUGACCUCACCCCUGGCGGUCUAGCGGGUGGCGGUGGUGCUCCGAGACCACUUCCCCCGUCCCAGUUCCGAAAUGCGAGCGAUCUCAAAUUACCCCGCCUCACCCACCACGACACAGUAGUCGCCGCUGUGCCACGCCGCACCUACGCGAAUGCCCACGCCUACCAUAUCAACAGCAUAUCGGUGAACAGCGACGGAGAAACCUUCAUUAGCAGCGAUGAUCUCCGGAUCAAUCUCUGGAAUCUGAACAUCCAAGACCAAAGCUUCAACAUAGUGGACAUCAAACCUGCGAACAUGGAGGAGCUCACUGAGGUGAUCACCGCCGCCGAGUUCCACCCGCAGAGUUGCAACUGGUUCAUGUACGCAAGCUCCAAGGGCACAAUUAAGCUGGCGGAUAUGCGAGAGAGCGCCCUCUGUGAUCAGCACGCGAAGCUAUUUGAGCAAGAAGAGGACCCGUCGUCGAGGUCCUUUUUCUCCGAGAUCAUCUCUUCUAUCUCGGAUGUUCGGUUUUCCUUCGAUGGCAGAUACAUUCUUUCACGCGAUUAUUUGACAGUUAAGAUUUGGGAUAUCAACAUGGAGCGGCAACCCAUUAAGACGAUCCCCAUUCAUGAGCAUCUACGGCCUCGUCUUUGUGACACCUACGAAAACGACAGCAUUUUCGACAAGUUCGAAGUGGUCUUUUCAGGAGAUGCCAAGAACGUUAUGACGGGGAGCUAUAACAACAAUUUCAUGAUCUACCCAUCGGAUCCAGAGAAGGAAGUUGAGGUAGUUUUGCAGGCAGACAAAUCGGCAUUCAAGGCUAAGAAGGUGGGAGUUCCCACGCCCAUCAACACAUCGACGAGCCCGACAUCUACCAACGGCAAGAAGGGCGGUUCACGCGCUGGUAGUCCUGCUGGAGGACAGGGCCAGCGGAUGCGUAAAGAAACCGACGCCGACCAAAUUGACUUCAACAAGAAGAUUCUGCACAUGAGCUGGCAUCCAUUUGAAGACAGCAUCGCAAUUGCGGCCACAAACAACUUAUUUGUCUUUUCCGCGCUGUAGCCUUACUUAAACGACCAAA